UUCCUUCCGACUCUGGUCUCCGUCUACUUUCCUUCUCCCCACUACUUCCUCACUAAACCGAGUCACCAUGAGCAAGAACAACAACAAAAGAGAUGGCGGCGGUGAGAAGAAGACGGCGUCUAUCACCGUCGUUUUGAAGGUCGACAUGCAUUGCGAUGGCUGCGCUUCAAAACUCGUUAAAACCGUUCGUGCUAUCCAAGGCGUUGAGACGGUGAAAGCAGAGUCAGAGAGUGGGAAAGUAACGGUGACCGGGGAUGUAGAUCCGGCUAAACUCCGGGAGCAACUUGAAGUGAAGAUAAAGAAGAAAGUCGAGUUGGUUUCUCCUCAGCCCAAUAAGGAGAAAGAGAAAGAAGACAACAACAAGGACAGUAAGGACAAGAACAAAGAAAAGAAGUCAGAGGAGAAGAAACCUAAAGAGGCUCCGGUAACAACGGCAGUACUGAAGGUGGGCUUCCACCGUGAACGGUGUAUUGAGAAGAUUCAAAAGACUGUCUCUAAAACCAAAGGUGUGAGUGGGUUUUCAAUAGAUCAGGAGAAGCAGUUGGUGACGGUUAAAGGAACAAUGGACGUGAAAAAGCUCGUCAGGAGUUUGACUGAGAAGCUAAAACGUAACGUGGAGAUUGUGGCGACGGCCAAGAAUGGUAACGCAAAAGAGAAACAGUACGUGGCGGCUCAGCCUGCUCACGGGUCUGCGUAUUUUCCGGGUGAGGAUGGAGAUUCGAUUGAAUACUUAGCACCUCAGAUUUUCAGCGAUGAUAAUCCGAAUGCUUGCUUCGUUAUGUGAAGCGGCGGAAGAACAUUGACGGGUAGUAGAAUUGUAAA